UGUGGCUCUUUGAUGGAUGACCCUCUCUCCCGUGAUCUGUUUACCACUUGCUUUCUACCGAUCUAUUGGAGUUUUUGAUAUCAAUACAUCUACUUCACUUUAAUUUAUUGCCACCGACACUUCCCCCGGAAUUCUUUUAGCAUUUUUUUCACUUAUAAUCGGUAGUGUGUGAUACUUUCAUUUCUCCUCUCCUCCCCCUUUUUUUUCAUUUAUUAACCGUUGUCGUACGUUAUUUUUAUGUGCAUAUAACAAAUAUGUAGCAUAUGUUAAUAUUCUGGUGGCUGGUAGCAAUGGGUUGCAGGUGAAGUGUUGAGCUGUCAUAAUUUGGUGGUUACUAUAUACUCACACUGUUUCUGCUUCUUGAUUACUCAAGUGCCCAUCUAUAUGUAUAUUUGCUGAGACAGAAACUAAGGAAGCAGGACAGAUCUGGAUCUGCUGUGAGUUCUGUCAACUCUCAACUUCAAUGGCUUCGAAACUUUUAAUGAUCACUGUCUUCAUUUUCGAUCUCAUUGCUUUCGGUUUGGCUGUUGCUGCUGAGCAGAGAAGAAGUACUGGGGUAUCAAAAGCAGAUAUGGACAGUAACUACAACUACUGUGUUUAUGACUCUGAUAUUGCCACUGGCUACGGCGUCGGUGCAUUUUUGUUCCUCCUGGCCAGCCAACUACUGAUAAUGCUUGCAAGCAGGUGUUUCUGCUGUGGAACUCCGCUCAAACCCGGAGGCUCCAGAGCUUGUGCUGUUCUCCUUUUCAUCUUCUGCUGGGUGACAUUUUUCAUUGCGGAGGUUUGUUUGCUGGCUGGAUCAGUGAGGAAUGCUUAUCACACCAAGUACAGGACGAGGUUUUUCGAGAAUCCACCGUCUUGUGAGACAGUGAGAAAGGGAGUGUUUGCAGCAGGAGCCGCUUUCGUUCUCUUCACGGGCAUAAUCUCCGAGUUCUAUUACGUUAGUUAUUCCAAUGCCAGGGGAAGUUUCAGCCCUUACGGAGGAGGAGAUGCAGCAGUUGGCAUGGCUGCAUACAAUUGAGCGAUUGAUUUCGUUUCACAGAUAGAUGAAUAUUGUGAAUCACGAUUUCGUCUCAAAUAUACCUUUCUCUUGCUAUAGGAGUCGAUCGAUCUAGUUUAAGGUGAAUAAUAAAUGUAAUACCUUUCUUUUUCAUUCAUUCGUCUACCCCGGCCGUGUAGUUUUUUGUUAGUUUGUCGAUCAAGAGAGUUGGAAUGGAUGUCUGAUCGGCGUGACUGUGUUUGUACUGCAGAAUUUUGAGCAAUAUAAACAGUUGAUGUGAAUGGACAAGGGA